ACAAGAAUCAGAUCGUCUUGAUGCGGGAAAUAAUUAUGCUAUAGGUAAUACGAAAUUGGAGGAGUCUGACUCUGAACCAGAGACAAGCGACAGUUCAAAACCCCAAUCACAGACUUCUUCGACAUCUCAGACAAUGGAAAUGGAUUCAAUGUUAGCUGAAAUUGAUGCAAU